AAAUUGAACAAAUUCCACUACAUUCGAGAGGCUCUGAUUUCAUCAUCAGAUUGUGUUCGUGUACGAAGAACGGCGGACGUGAUUGUUUUCAUUUAGUGCUAAAUCGCUUAAUUCGAGUUAAUUUUUGUGCAAAAAGGUUGAAGGUGGUUCUCGGAGGAUACGUUUCGGUCGCUAAUCAGAAGUUUAAAGUGAAAACACCGUUUGAGACGUUCUAUAGUCUCGGGAAGCUACAUCAAUCAAAGUGCCUCAUUCAGUUCAGCAGUUUUGAAUCAGCAAAAGGUAUCGAUACACGUAAUGCUGCCUUGAGCGCUGAAGCAUGGCCAGACUGUGUUUAUUUCCAGGAAUUCAUUGAUAAUCGACUGGCGUUUUCAAAAACGCCGAUGUUGAUCUGAUAAAAGAUGACUACGACACUGCUGCUCAUAACUCUCGAUCAGCGUUGGAAAAGACCCCAUUCCAUCUAAGUAUUUAUGUAUCCAUAAUUUUCAGAAAAAAGUGAAAUGCUCGUUUCCCUUAACUUCUAGCGCACAGCGACAAAUGAUCAAACAAGUGACCAACCUUCUGCACUGAAUGGCUCCGUGAUGAUUGACGUUUCUCCCGAGUGUAUGCAUUCCAAUUUUGUGAACCGACUAUCCAGCUAGAAACGUAUAGCAUUCACUUCUGAUACCAGAAUGUUCGAGAGUAGGUCGUUGUCAAACGUUCAUUGGAUUCUAGUUUAUAUGCUCAGGAAAUAUCUCAACGUAUCGGAAAAGAUCGUCCUACGUAUGUAGCAACGAAAAAUUUCAUUUGCUCAUUUUAUCUGCCGUGUGAGAAGCGAAGUAGUCGCACAGGGACUAUUACUAGAUGGAAUGGCUCAUAGCAGCGUACAGUAGGUCAACACCAUCCAGAAUUUCAAAGGGCGCGUACUUGAUCUGGUAUUCGUUCACGAAGUGACGUCUUAUACUGUCUUGGAAGAAUUCGACUAACCCCCCGACUUUCCCCACACCAUGAACACCAUGAACAACUGUCGAAUCCUGGUCGACGUCGACUGUAGUCGCUACGAGGACGAUGCCUUUUCCCUUCUGGACAAAUCUGCCGAGGUCAACGUGGUCAAAGACCUUAAAUCCUCCACGGUGGCCACAUUUGAUCAGACAAGCUUCCCGCACCUGACCAGCUCGUCGCGAACUCAGCUCAAGCAGCAGCUGCUGCGCGAGCAGCUGAAAAGCUAUGAGAAAAGUCCUUCGCCGCAUGCAACGCCGUCGGUAUUUUCCGUUCAACUCCCGCUGGAGAACAUGGACAUCGAUCUACCGAAGAAGGUGCUGCAGGUUGAGACUCGCCUGGAGAAUCCAACCCGUUAUCACGUGAUCCAGAAGCAGAAGACCCAGGUUCGCGAGUACGUCACGGCUGCCCUAAAACUAACCAAGCAGACGGUACUGCGAGAGGCUAGCCACUCUCGGCUAAUGAUUCUGACCAAGCUGUACGAUUCGUUCAUCAACACCAAACCGGGGAAUAGCGCGACUCCGAAUCGACCGACGACUCCGUCGGCUACGGUGGUUUCGUCCGCAACGGCCGAUCAACAGCAGGAAUGGCGUUUGGAGAUGAAACUGGCGGCGCGUUUCGGAAAUAAGAUCUACCAGACGUUUAUCGACGAGUUUGAUUACAUCCGGGAUCUGCUGUGUCAGGUUCGGUUCGAGAUUCCGAAGUGGGUCUUCGUGGUGACGGAGUUCGAGAGUGAGAUUUCUUCCUACCAAAAUGCGAAGAUAGCCGCCGGAGUGGAGGAAAUGCUGCUGAAGCAGACGCUGAGCAGCGAGAAGAAUUCGAAGCAUGAGAAGUUUAUCGAACCGGAAGUGCGUGAUCGGAUCAAGAAGGAUAACCACAACUGUAGUAUGUAUUUGGGGUUCGGGUGGGACACAGGUUGAGGAGAGGUUCCUCUGGUCUAAGUGUUGAAACCUGGUAUAACGUACAGUGUAUGGUUGAAAGUUAGCUCAAUCCCGAUUCGAAAUUGCACAUCGAAAGAUUUCAAAUCUGUUGCUUUUUAUCGAUAAUAUUUCUGUGAUCAAUGAGAUUUUACGCUGGAAAGUUGUCUUCCCAGAUUUUAGUUUUUCUUUGGCAGGUAGAUUUGUUCCAGUCGCAUGGAGACGGUGAUCGACCAAGGGCUUCUUCCGGACGACGUAGCAGUAUUAUUACACUUUUUUCUUCUACAAAAAGACAUUAAAAUUAUAACGUUCGUAUGAAA